GAGAAGUGAAUCCGCAGAUUGGAAUCAUAACAAACACUUGCAUGAAAUAUUCCACUGACUUCACCCAUAAACUUUGUAAGACAUGCCUCGUAGGAAGCGUAGUGGUGGUUCGAAACGACACGUCACAGCUGAUAAGAUAACUUCUCAAGCAUCGCCGGAGCUAGGCAGUCCACUGGAAGAAACUCCUGCGCAAGACAACCCCGAGGACGUUCCUUUUAACCUCGAUCCUGAUCAUCCGCAGCAGAUUGUAGAGAACAUUGCCGAUUCUCCCGAGCCUCCAAAUGAAGGCAACCAAAUAGCCCAGGGUGAUGAUCUUGUGCAUGCAUUAGAAGGCCCAGAAUUGGGUGCAGCUCUGAACGAGCCAGUCGAAACUGCGUCGAUAGAUUCCAAUGAAGCUGCUUGUGGGAGUCCGAGCUCGAACAGGAGCGUUCACGAUGACAGCCGACCAGCAAGUCGAUCCGACAUAGAGACGAUGAUCAUUGAACAAGCGUUUGCUAUGGAGUACCUUGAUCUGGCCAAUGACCCGAUACCCGAAGAGGAUGUUGACCAUAAUCUUGACGAACCAUCGUUUUCUGGCGGUUCUGUUCGAUUGCGGCAAGAACUUGAACUUGUUGAACGAGUUGGAGAAUAUGAAGGAAUGUUGCUCCCUGUUGAUGAACAGGAGGAUAAUGGUGACAAUGACGACGAAGACGUUGUUGAUGAUAAUGGUGACUAUGACGACGAAGACGUUGUUAAUGAGAAUGGUGACUAUGACGACGAAGACGUUGUUGAUGAUGAUGGUGACUAUGACGACGAAGACAAUGUUGAUGAUAAUCGUGACGAUGACGACGAAGACGUUGUUGCUGAUAAUGACGAAUACGUUGAUGAUUAUGACUACGAUGAAGAUGAUGACGUUGACAUUGAGAUGAUGAAUCUUGAAGGCGCAUCUACUCUUCCUCCCGAAGAGCCAGGAACUUCGAACUCAAGUAAUGUACCUGCCGAAGAGACGGCUUCUGCGCAAAGCUCGAGAAGCAGCAGGCGACGCGAGAGGAAAGGAACUCUAGUUUGUGAGAGAUGUGGAGAUAGAUUUCCUGCUAGGCUCCUCCCGAAGUUGCAAGAGGGUUUGGCAGCAGUCGAUACUCCCGUGAUCAUUACUCAAGCCCCUCGCUCGCCCACCGCCCCAGUGGCGCCAGACACUCAAAGCACAUCUGGCAUAUCAACAGGAACUAGGAACAGCGACGAGGACUCCGGAACUUCAUCAUCCCGAGCGUCAACACCUGCGGUCUGUCCACACUGUCAAUCCAUUGAGCCUCCUCGUAGCGCAUCUGAUACAAGUUUGCCGUCGGCCGGCUCUUUCUCGGCUGCAAUGGAAGAAACCAUCGCACCAAAUGUUACCAUAGAUAGGCAAUACGGGCACAACCUUCCUGGCUAUGACACUGAACGCGUGCCUAGUGCGCCUCCACCAGUUUAUCCUCCCCUAGCAUCUCCCCAACGUAGACCGGCAUCGAGUGGGCCUUACCAUUAUCACUAUUCUCCGGACAGUAGACCAGAAAGUUCUUGCGUCAUUAUUCCUCCCCCCUUGUCACCACGGGAUGGUCAGCGCUCGAGCAGCUCCCAUCCUCGUCGCACGACUCCAGACAGCAGAGCUGGGUCAUCAGGCAGCGCUGCUUACGGCCAGCUUCCAGGAGUUCAAGAAAAUGUCACUGGUCCGUCAGAUUCGCCAGUUCAUCCACAUUCUUCACCCGAAGGGCGACGAAAUACUAGAGGCGAACGGUUCCAUUCGCACGGAUCGUCUGGUACGCCUCCUUCACCUACUAUUGAGACACGGAGCCCCUACACCCCUCCUCCAGGUGGACCUUCAUUCCCAUACAAUCUUAUACCGCAGGAGUCGGUUAUUCCUCCUCCAAUGGGUCAACACCCUAUCUCCCCUCAAAGUGCUUCAAUGCUUUCAUAUGCUGGUCUUCCCGCGCUUGCGCUAAGGAUGGGUAUCCACAGCCCCGAAUCGCGACACUUGUCACCACCCUUGGAUGGACAACGUAUUUCUCCCCAAAGUAGUUCUUCAAUGCCACCUUAUGUUGGACUUCCAGCACAAAGAAUGAGUAGCCAGAGCCCCGAAUCGCGACACUUGUCACCGCCCUUAGAUGGACAACACCGUAUUUCUCCCCAAAGUUCUUCAAUGAUUCCUUAUGCUGGACUACCUGCGCAUUCACCCAGGAUUAGUACCCAAAGCCCCGAAUCGCGACACUUGUCACCACCCUUGGAUGGACAACACCGUAGUUCUCCCCAAAGUUCUUCAAUGCUUCCUUAUGCUGUACUUCAUGCGCAAAGGACGAGUAGCCAGAGCCCCGAUUCGAGACACUUGUCAUCACCAACGUUGAGCACAAGUUCCCGAACUGUGUCCGGCGAGGCUGGUAGUCCCAUGCGACAACGUCCUGUGACGAGCCCUUCGCGUGUAGCUCCUUAUGGAGCUUCACCCCGCCGAGCUCUAAGAAGGCUGCAGCUCGACGAAGAGACGGAGAACGAAGGCGAGGAAGAGACACAAGAUGCUGUUGUCCCUAGUGGAACGGAUAUUUAGAUGCAGGAGUGUUACGAUAAAAGACUAGCACAUUUUAUGAAAGUUUUAGGCCUUUGCGCGUCAAACCAUUUUAAUAAAUUGGACCCAGAAUUUUCGACGAAAAAUAAGCAUGCAUCACAAGAUUGGUUCCUGGCUAAAUAUUAAAAGUUGGAAACCUAAAUUUCUCAAACGGAAGUAGAGUUCUCCAAUAACCGGCUUGAAUAGAAUUUUCUCCUUCUUCGUCCAUAGGAAGCGCGUUUUGAUUACAUUCAAGUCGACAAUUCCCAUACUCAACUCUGCACCUCUUGCCUAGCUCCACCGAAAAAUUUUCUGUUGUAUCCUGCGUGUCAACAGCAAUAGAAUAUUGCUGUUGGUGUGGUCU